AGCAAUUUAUGGCUACCAUGGGUAAAUAUAAGAUACUUGAGCGAUACCGUAUAAAUGAGCUACUUUACUGCAGUAAGAUUCAUGUCCCAAUUUUCAACCUCACGUUGUCCCACUUCUAUCUGGCGGUCUUUAACUUGGAUACCAAAGAAAUUGAAAUCUGGGACUGAUUACCAGGAACUCAUAACCAAGAAUAUGAUGCAAGGAUGCAGAAACUGAAAUUGGGUCUAGACUGGUUGCUUAAGGAUGAUAUCUGCGGGGCUUAUUCAUUUGUGGACUUUGUGGUUAGAUAUCGCCAGGAUGUUGCUUGCCA